CACGAUCACGGCGAGUAGCGACAUAUAUGUUGAUGAGUGUAUGAGCCGCUGGUAUGGCUUAGGAGGACAAUGGUUAAAUACUGGUCUUCCACACUACGUAGCCUUGGACAGAAAACUGGAAGCUGGUUGUGAGAUAUGGACUAACUGUUGUGGCCAUGGUCAAUUCCUCAUAGAACUCGAGUUAGUGCAAUCCACAGUAGCCAGUGCACGCGAGCACGAAGACGACCACCAACAUGGCACCGCAACAACCUUACGACUCGUACAAAAAUACUUUGGGACCGGACACGCAGUGUAAGGCUGCUGCACUACGUGCAAAAGGCCCUCAUUUCACAGGUGUUAUGAAGACAGCUACUAAAAUGUUUCCGAUGAAGGUGUUGAGCAGGGAAGAGUUGUCUGGUUGUGAAGGGCACUGGUCAUCGAUGGUGACUACAGAUAAAGAUGACAACCAAUACUCGGCUACAGUGUGGUCAAACAGAAAUCGAAAAUACUUCAUCAACACGUAUGGCACAACCAAAGAGGGCAGAACAAUAUCACGUAAAAGGGUACAGAACGAUGGAAACAGUGUUAUUUCAAAAGAAGUGCGCUGUCGACAACCUCAGCUAGUCAAACAGUAUUUUUCCUUUAGUGAUAUUGUAGGUAGGCACAACAGAUACCGUCAAGAUACACUCAAUAUAGAAGAAAAAAACUAGAUGUGAGAAGUUGGGAAAAAAAGAGUUGGUACAACACUGCUUGCAAUGUGUAUAGUAGAUUCAUGGCUCCUAUACAAAGGUACACCCUCACCAGCAGAAAGGACUCCAGUGGACCAGCGAACGUAUUGUCAGAUACUUUUCAAAGAGCUCAUGAACAAUACAUACGAAGCACGCGUCACACGCUCGAUAACAGCUACUGUUGCGGUGCGACCAGAAGCGACUUUAUCGGGUAUUGGGACACACGCAAGCCUCAUUGAGGAACUAAAACGUGAGAAGAGGAGGAAUAAGGAUGGGGUGGUUGUUUUCGGUCUACGAACCGACCGAAAGAACUGCAAAUAUAAAGGCUGUGCGAGGAAGAAAGUUCGAAUAGGAGACCAGUGCAGUAUUUGUCACCAGGGUAUACACAAGGAAUGCUUCAUAGCGCAUAUUUACGAGUCACAUCCAGACGAACGAGGUUAAAGAAGACGUGUUCACAGAUACGUGCACAUGCGUGCAAUACAUUCAAGCUGAUCAGCUGAAAAGUAUAAGAUAUUUUUAUAAUAAACGUUUGAUUCAUAUAUAUUUAGCCGUAUAUAUACUCAAUUUAUUCAUUUUACUCGAAUUUUGCAGGCG